AUGGUUGGUCUUCAGAGUGAAUUGGAUGGUGCGCUACACACAGAUGCAUACACCCCCGCCAGCGCUGAGAUCAUGCACUCCGCAGUAGAGGAGCUUAGAGAUGAAGACGAGAGAAGCACAGACAACGAAGUGGUACCAGCCGUGAUAGACAUCACUGAUGAUGUGGAGAUGGAUGUAAGGGUGGACAGUGAUGGCGACCGUGUUGAAGACACUCAUAUUAGCAAUAGGACGCCUGUAGACAAAAGCUUACAUUCUAUAUCCAAGGGCACUACCUCGAAAUCGCGUAAGAAAUCAAAGCUGUUUAAACAAUUAGAGUCGUGCAUAGGAAGUAAAGUUAGCUCAGAAACGCCAGCUGAUCCAGCGAACGCAAACAAACCCCUGAGUAUAAAUGGGGGUGGUUUGGGAAACCUGUGUGUGCCAUCAAGCCCAAAAGACGACGAAGACUGGGAUGCGGAGUCCAGGGACUUAUUUCAACUCGGUAAUAUGAAGCAGCGGUUAGCCAUCCACGCCGAUGAAAUGUUUCUCUCG